AUGAGGAAUGCUGACCGAAAUGAAAGUGAUGUCAUCUUCAUCCUUUUGGGAUUCUCUGAUUACCCCGACGUUCAGAUCCCUCUAUUCCUGGUUUUCCUGGUGAUAUAUAUAAUUACUGUAAUAGGAAACUUGGGCAUGAUUGUGAUCAUCAGGUUUAACCCCAAACUGCACACUCCUAUGUAUUUUUUCCUUAGUCAUUUGUCUUUUUUAGAUUUCUGUUACUCUAGUAUAAUUACACCCAAAUUGUUACAAAUCUUGGUUGUGGAAGACAGAACCAUAUCUUUUGCUCCCUGUUUCAUACAAUAUUCGUUAGCUGCCAUCUGUGUGGACACAGAGACAUUCUUAUUAGCAGUUAUGGCCUACGACCGCUUUGUGGCAAUUUGUAGUCCCUUGCGAUAUGUAGUUGUCAUGUCCCAGAAACGCUGUGCUCUGUUGCUGACUGCAGUAUAUACAUGGGGCAUGAUUUCUUCUGGCAUAUUCCUCUACUCUCUCCUUAUAUUGUCAUUUUCUGGGACCAAUAUCAUUAAUAAUUUUCUCUGUGAGUAUUCUGCUAUCCUUUCUGCCUCCAUCUCUGAUAAACAUGUUACAGAGACAAUCCUUUUUAUCCUUGCUAAUUUUGAUACAUUUUUUACCCUCAUUAUUGUACUCACAUCUUAUGCUUUUAUUUUUGUCACUGUCCUGAAAAUGCAUUCAGCCAGUGGGAGAUAUAAAGCUUUCUCCACUUGUGCCUCCCACCUGACAGCUGUUACCAUCUUCUUUGGCACCCUCCUCUUUCUUUACUGUUUGCCCAGUUCCAAAAGCUCAUGGCUUCUAGUAAGAGUAAACACUGUAUUUUAUACAGUAGUUAUUCCCAUGCUGAAUCCUUUAAUAUACAGUUUUAGGAAUAAAGAUGUGAAAGAAACAAUCAGGAAACUAACGGAAGUGCCAACUUGGUGGUGCAGUGGGUAG